CAUCAGAUAGCCAACCUUCAAUGUCAUCAAAGGGCUGCGCAGUGUGUCAAGGAAACGAAUGAUACACUUGUAUUAAAAUAUUUCAUAAAACACCAAUUCCAUCUCAUUCUAUUCAAACCCACAGUUCAUUUUUCAAACACAGACCGUCAUUCUGACUCUUCCUCUUUCCUCCUCUUUCCACCGCACCCUCAUAAGAACCAGUCUACCUCACAGCCAUGUAUCGACGAGGUCCUCCAAAAUCUACUCCCACAAGUGUACAAUGCCAAAAGUGCCUUAAAAGAGGUCACUACUCAUACGAAUGUAAAGCCACAACACAAGAGCGGCCUUAUGUCUCAAGACCGUCUCGGACACAGCAACUCUUCAACCCGAAACUUGUUCCAAAGCUGGCUAGUGACACUCCAGAUGCCUUGCAGAAGCAGAAAGGUGUGGCUGAUGAGGAACUGGCCAAGAGAGAAGCCGAAAGAGCGAAGAAGCGGGAACUAGAAGCAGAUGAAUCGGGUGACGAAUCUCCGAAACGUAGGAGAUCAGCUUCUUAUGAUUCUGUGUCUUCCAUAUCUACGAGGCGGUCCGCUUCACCGCCACCCCGAGCCCAGCAACCCGCUGCGGCUCAUCCAGAUGUUCCUAGGAGAGAGAAUGAUCAUAGCGUGCGAAGGGAUUCAUAUAGCUCUGCCAGCGACUAUAACCGGCGCGACGACCCAAACCCUCGGAGUUCAACUAAAAAUGACAGCCCAUUAGGUGGAUCUGCUAGGCGGUCAAGAUCCCCUACACGGGAUGAUAGCCCUGCACGAAGUCAUCAUGAUGCAAAAGAUGAAGUCCCGAGACAAAGGUCUCCGAACAAUCGGCGUAGAAGAUAUUCUUCAAGUCCUAGCAGAUCCCCGCCGCCACGCGAACGACGACAGUUUCGUUCCAGAUCUCCAGAUGAGCCCAGAAGGCGUGACAGAAGCCCACCACGAGACUACGAAAGACAAGCAAGCCGGGACCCAGCACCUAUUCAUAGAAACGACCGAAGACGUGGGGGAGCACCGCCGCGUCGAGAGCAGCGCGAGCGCAGUCUAAGCCCCUUCUCCAAGAGACUAGCUCUUACGCAGGCAAUGAACACGAGUCGUUGAGAUUGGGUAUCAUAGUAUUAAGUUAAAAGG